UCUCGCACACGUUGCGCCGCGUCUCGACCCUCAACAUCGCAGCCUAAGUUAUCGUCACUUCCGAGCUUCAGCGUCCAGCGUCCAGCAUGGCGGGAUCUCGAGGCCCCAUUCGGGCUGUGCUCUUCGACAUGGACGGCCUGAUGUUGGAUUCUGAAGAGAUCUACACGACCGUCGUCAAUGAGGUGCUGGCGCCGUACAACAAGACGCAGUCGUACGCCAUCAAGGCGCGGCUGAUGGGCACGCCGGAGCGAGUCGCGACAGAGAUCCUGCUGUCCGCACUGUGGCCUUCACCAGAAGACCCAAGCAAGAUCAGCAAAGACUGCCCCUUCACCGUCGAGAACUUCCUCGAGGGCCGCAACGAGCGGCUCGAGGAGCACUUUCGCCGCGUGCUGCCGCUGCCGGGCGCCGUGAGGCUGGUGAAGCACCUCGAGAAGCAUGGCGUGCACAUGUGCGUGGCGACGGGGAGCAAGCGGAAGAACUUCAAGCUCAAGUCGGGCCACAACGGCCAGCUCUUCGAGCCCUUCGGCAAGCGCAUCAUCUGCGGCGACGACCCUCGGCUCAAGCGCGGCAAGCCCACGCCUGACGUCUUCCUGCUGGCGGCGCGCGAGGGCUUGGGCGUGCCCGAGAUCAAGGAGGGCACGCGCAUGUGGGGCGCCGAGCACGACGGCACGAGCGGUGGGCUGGAGCAUGAGAUUCUGGUGUUUGAGGACGCAAAGCCGGGCGUGCAAGCUGCCAAGGCGGCAGGCAUGAAGGUCAUCUGGAUCCCAGACCCAAACAUCAAGGAGACACUGCUGGCCGAGGGCGAUCUGGGCGCCGACCAGGUGCUCGACUCGCUGCUCGACUUCCGGCCCGAGGAAUGGGGCCUGCCGGCGUUCGACGAUGCGGCUUGAGCAAUGGGCGUAUGUGGCG